AUGCGAAAUAAAGCUAAGCUUGCAAAACUUUUUGCAGACUUGAGUUCUUUGCCUGAGCUUCCUUCUAAGACGACACCUACGAAGAGAAAGAAGCAGUCCACCCCGAAACGGUGUUUUUCAGAGGUUCAGGUCGAGAGACGAAACCCGGGCCGCAAGGCCAGACCCCCGGAGCAUUUCGGGAAAGAGGUGGAGGAAAACCCGGCUCCUCCGAAGAGAGAGAGCGGAGCGAUCGACAUCAAGCGGCUGAUGGAGGUGAAGGAGGGUCCGGGAGACGCCCGGCCGAAGCAGAGGAAGUGUCGCUCGCAGGAGUCCAUACGAAUGCCGGAGGACAUCACUGAAGAAGAGCUGGAGAACGUCGCCGAUCGCGCCAAAGACAAGAUCCUGGACAAGGAGAACGGCAGCACGUGUCACCAGUGCCGGCAGAAGACCCUCGACACCAAGACUGAGUGCAGGGGCCUGUACUGCGGAGGGGUCAAAGGUCAGUUCUGCGGCCCCUGCUUACGCAACCGCUACGGAGAAGACGUCCGCGCCGCGCUGCUCGAUCCCUCGUGGGAGUGUCCCAUCUGUCGAGGAGUGUGUAACUGCAGUCUGUGUCGUAAGCGGGAUGGACGCUGUGCGACCGGGGCUCUCACCAGACUCGCCAAAUUCUUCGGACACGAUAACGUCCGGGACUAUCUGGAGAGUCUGCAGAAGGACGUGGAGUGAAGACGAUCAUCCGUGACCUGAUGGGAAUCAGACUGAUCGUUCACUCCUGACACUUUUAAAGUUGAGCAAGAAAACACUGAGAGUUUCCAUCAGUGUUCAGCAAUGAUAUGCAAACCAGUCCUUACUUUUAUACUUCGUGAUGUUGUACUGUUUUUACUGAUUUUGUUUUAAUGAAUCAUACUGUUCUCCUGCUAAUUAAAGGCAGAGAUAUCAUGAGAUCCUGUAACAGAUGUUUCUGAUUACAGAGCCUUUUCUCUCAUUUGCACAAUUUGUGUUUUUCUCUCUGAAAACCUUUUAUUGGAAAUUAGUUUAAAUAAAGGUCCUUUUAUCUCACA